UAAAGCAGCGGAAAGUUUUUGUAAUUUUAAGUAAAUUAACAUGCUUAGAGAUUGUUGUUGUUUAUGUGUUGUGGAAAGCCAAUGUGAAUGUAACUAAAAGAGCAUAUUGUGCGUACAAAAAUAACCAAGUUUAAGCCAUUAAAAGUGAAUUGUGAUUGUGAUGCGAAAAACUCGUUCACAGACUCAGGCGGAAAAUGCCGCUUCUACCACGCAGCCGACAACAGCAAUAAAUACGUUUGAUGCUGCCAAAUUCAAGGAAUGUGAGCAAAUGGUGCAGAUGCUACGCGUUGUCGAGCUGCAAAAAAUCCUAUCGUUUUUGAACAUUUCCUUCGCUGGACGAAAAACCGAUCUACAGAGUCGCAUAUUAUCGUUCCUGCGCACUAACCUUGAGCUGCUCGCACCUAAGGUCCAAGAGGUCUACGCUCAGUCUGUGCAAGAACAAAGCGCAACGCUGCAGUACAUUGAUCCUACCAGAAUGUACUCACACAUGCAGCUGCCCAGCGUGCAGCCAAACAAUGCGAGCCUUGCUCCCCAGCAAGUCGGUGUCGGUGUCGGUGCCCUGAAUACUGCCACUCAAAUGCCACAACCGUUCCUGCACACGCACAGCAUAAACAGUCACAGCCACAUGCCACUGCAUCCAGAUGUGCGGCUGAAGCGGCUGGCUUUUUACGAUGUGCUGGGCACACUUAUAAAACCAUCAACGUUGGUGCCGCGCAACACGCAACGUGUGCAGGAGGCGCAAUUUUAUUUUACGCUCACACCACAACAAGCUACAGAGAUAGCCACAAAUCGGGAUAUUCGCAACACAUCUAAAGUUGAGCAUGCUAUACAGGUGCAGCUGCGCUUCUGUCUCAUGGAGACCUCAUGUGAGCAGGAGGAUUGCUUUCCACCCAAUGUGAAUGUUAAAGUAAACAACAAGCUUUGCCAGCUGCCUAACAUAAUUCCAACAAAUCGUCCCAAUGUAGAACCAAAACGUCCACCAAGACCGGUGAACGUUACCUCGAAUGUUAAACUAUCGCCCACUGUUACAAAUACAAUUAUGGUGCAAUGGUGUCCAGACUAUACGCGCAGCUAUUGUCUGGCCGUUUAUCUGGUGAAAAAGCUCACCUCCGCCCAGCUGCUUCAUCGUAUGAAAACCAAAGGCGUCAAGCCAGCUGAUUACACGCGUGCGCUGAUCAAGGAGAAGCUAACCGAGGAUGCAGACUGUGAGAUUGCCACCACAAUGCUAAAGGUGUCACUAAAUUGUCCGUUGGGUAAAAUGAAAAUGUCGCUUCCUUGCCGCGCUUCCACCUGUUCGCACUUGCAGUGCUUCGAUGCCAGCCUGUAUCUACAGAUGAACGAGCGCAAGCCUACCUGGAAUUGUCCAGUGUGCGAUAGGCCUGCCAUUUAUGAUAAUCUUGUUAUCGAUGGCUAUUUCCAAGAGGUAUUAGGCUCGUCGCUACUGAAGAGCGAUGACACGGAAAUACAGCUACAUCAGGAUGGCAGCUGGAGCACGCCGGGACUGCGAAGUGAAUCCCAAAUAUUGGAUACUCCCUCAAAGCCAGUUAGCAAGGUUGAGGUUAUAUCGGACGAUGUUGAGCUCAUUGCCGACGACACCAAGCCUGUUAAGUCUGACUUAAUGCCGGCGCCUGAGGAGCAGCCCAGCUCCACAUCCAAUAGUGAGACGGUCGAUUUAACCUUAAGCGAUUCAGAUGAUGAUAUGCCGCUGGCCAAGCGCCGUCCACCAUCCAAACAACCUGCAACUGCAUCUGCCUCCAAUGGUACUGCAACUGCCGCACAUCGUGCCUAUACCGCCGCUACACAAUCGUCCCAGCAGCAGCCGCAAAAAACUGAUUAUCCCGAGCAGCAAACAUCGUCUGAGCUACAACAAGAAGAAGAUGAGCAAGAGCAGCAGCAACAACAAUUGCUCAUGGCAACAGCCGAUCAGCAUGCCAGUCUACUGGAGAGUUUGGCCGCUGCCGUGGCGGAUCAAAAGCAUUUCCAACUCUUGGAUCUGGCUGCCGUCGCAGCCGCUGCUGCAGCGACUGCGGCUCAGAAUUCAAAUGCGAGCUCAUAGAGCGGCUCUCUCUAUUACACACAUAAACUCUCACAAACAUACUGACAACAAUUGUAAACUACAUACAUACAAGCAUUCAACUAUUUUAACUGUACAUUUUUGUAUACAUCCCCAACCCUAAGCACAGAGGCUAAAUUCUCAUUUCAUACUAAAAAGCUGUUAUUCCUUUCAAGCAUUAAUUUCUGUUUCAGGCCUCUUAACUUAAAACAUUUUGGUUCUAUUUAUGUUGUUUCGCGUCUUUAGUUGUUAGCUACCAAUUGCUAAAGCUUUGCAUACAUUUAUUUUAAUUAGUCGCUAUAUUACGUAGAAUAACAAUACAUGAUUUAAUUCAUGAUUGAUUACAAUUUAUUUAGCUCAUAGGUAUGUUUAGUUGAAAUUAUGGACUCUCAGACACAUACACACACACAGACACAAAAAAAAAUAAACAAAGUAACGAAUAGCCCUAGGGUAAUAUUAAACGUAAAUCAAAUGUUAAUAUUUAAGCAUCUAACAAUAAUAUAAUUCGUAUUUCUUACUGAAUUUCGCAAUGCAUUUU